GCCACUGCUCCACCAAUUGCUUGGCGCCUUUCUGUCCACGCCACGAAUCCCUUUCCAUGAAAUGAACAUUGCCUGCAGCUUACAAUUUCCCACAAAUCAAUGAAAUCAUAUAUAUAUUUCUGUUUUUCUUAUGUGUUUUACAAAACCCAAUUCGUCUUCCUCUUCGAUUUCACUCUGAUCACCAAACUAUCUGUAGCCGCCUCAAUUUUCUUUCACAUUCAGUCAAAUUCGUCGACCCAUCUUCCCACAAUUUUUGAGCCUUCAACAGCGAAAAGUCUUAUAGGACGCAUUCUUCUUUGAAAAUUUGCAUUUCCCAGUUCCCAAUACUUCUUAACAUUGGGAAGAACGGAAAUUAGUACGGUGUUCUUCAACCCAGUUGCGUGGAGGAAGAUAUGGUGGGCUUGAAGCCAAAUUUACCCUCUUGGACGAGUUGCUCAUCCACCCGGGUUGAUUUUGAGGGAAACGUUUCUUCUCUAUCGGAUUCCAUGUUGAGAGGCGGCAAAGAAGGCCCCUCGGAGCAGCCGCGCCGUUCUAAUACUCUCUCUGAUGCCAAUUUGAGCUUUGGAGAAAGAUCCCUUUCCGCCGCUGCCGCCGCCGUUGUUUCUGCCAUUCUCGUUAAUCCCCUUGACAUUGCCAAAACAAGGUUGCAAGCACAAGCUGCUGGAGAACCAUAUGAAGGGCCCUGCCGGAUGACAAGUUUAGAAAGGAAUACGGUGAUUCCUAAUUUGAGAUGUUCAUCAGUAUCCAGCUCACGUUCUCUCGUUGGCCUCGAACCUAAUUGUUCGCUAGAGUGUAACCGGUAUACAGGAACGUUCGAUGUGUUCAACAAGGUUAUUCGUCAGGAAGGCUUUGGGAGGCUGUGGCGAGGCACAUAUGCAAGCCUAACUCUGGCUGUGCCAACCGUGGGGAUCUACAUGCCUUGUUAUGAUAUCUUCCGCAAUUUCAUGGAAGAUUUUACUACCAAGAACGCUCCGAACUUGACUCCAUAUGUUCCAUUAGUUGCAGGAUCAGCUGCCCGCUCAUUAGCUGUUAUAUCAUGUUACCCUGUUGAACUUGCACGGACGCGAAUGCAGGCGUUUAGGGAAAAACAAACUGGCACUAAGCCUCCAGGGGUGUGGAAGACGUUGGUUGAGGUUGUCAACCCUAUUAGGGGUAAUUGCCUUCAAGAUUUACAGAACUAUCGUUUCUUAUGGACUGGCCUUGGUGCACAACUUGCUCGAGAUGUCCCAUUUUCUGCCAUCUGCUGGGCAGCACUUGAGCCUUCAAGGAGGAAAUUUCUAAGCCUAGUUGGAGAGGACGCCAAUGUAUCAAGUGUGCUUGGUGCAAAUUUCUCUGCUGGCUUCAUUGCUGGAAGUCUUGCAGCUGCUGCGACAUGUCCACUGGAUGUUGCUAAAACCCGAAGGCAAAUCGAGAGAGAUUCUGAAAAGGCAUUAAAGAUGACUACAAGAACAACUCUGGCAGAAAUUUGGAGGGAUGGAGGAAUCAAAGGAAUGUUUACUGGAAUUGGUCCCCGGGUUGGUCGUGCCGGUCCCUCUGUCGGGAUAGUCGUCUCCUUCUACGAAGUUAUGAAGUAUGCUCUGUAUCACAGACACCCAAAAGAAACGAUGACUGAAUAGAGGGAGUGUCACUUGGAAUGUGCCGUCCCUAUGUAUGUAAGCUCAAGAAAUCUCCUCCACAGAUUCUUUUGGCCAAAGACCUUUGGAUGGUUAAGACAGCAACUUCUAAUGAAACAAAAAUCUCCCCUAUUGUGAGACCUCUCAAGUCCAGUUAUUCACCCGACGAUUUGUUCAAACACGAGAUUAGAUGUACAUGAACUUUGAAUUAAAUUUACUAUUUUGUCU